UUUAGUAGACAGCAGGGUUUUUUGGGGCUCCGUUCGCUGACAUAGAAACACGUUAGAUUUAAAGAAGUUUCUGAUCUUUUGUUUAAAAUCGAUUUAAUUAGGAGAUUUUAACAAUGUGGCAGAUUGGUUUGAAGUGCACAGCGGAAUAUUUUUAAACGGUUAGUCCAAAAGAGAAUUUAGCUCUUGCUCGCUGUCAGCUCGUAUUAAACAAGCUAGACACGCAGUUGUGAGCUGAGAACUCUCCCACGAUCACAAAAAUAAAACGCUGUUAAGUGAGUAAAGGAGUGAGUGCAGCAGUAAUGGGAGCGCACAGGAGUGAGGGGCGCAGAGAGUGGCUCCAGCAGCAGGAGGCUGGCGAGCAGCAGCAACAGCUUCAGUCCGUGAACCCCUGGAACAUCAUGAUCAAGCACAGACAGGUUCAGCGCAGAGGUAGACGCUCACAGAUGGCUGUAAGUUAUACAGAUCCUGUCAUUUCUAUGGACCUCUUGCGGACUGUGCUGCAGCCCAGCUUCAAUGAUGACAUUUUGGCAGUCUUUAAAAAGUAUAUGAAGUUUUUUGAGAAAGCAGCGAGCAACGUGAAGGAGAACAUAGGGGAGGAUGUACAGACUGAUCAACUCAUCAGAGAGGCAUGUCGAAACUGCUUGGAGCAUGCCAAACAGCUCUUUCCUGAGGCAGAGAAAACUGUUCAAAGACCUCUUUUUGAUCCUGCUACAAAGCGCUCACGACAGAUGGAUGAUGAUUCCAGCCAAAGAGGAAGCCCGAUCCCUAAAAAGCGGAAGGGACGCCCCCCACUGCCGACUCUAGCUUAUGACAGGACUAUACCAUAUAGUGCACCGAUUAAGCCUAAAAUAGCUGAGCCAAUAAAGCGAGAAGGACCUAAGUGGGACCCCGCCAGGCUGUCUGAUAAAAGCACAUUUGUUUUAGGAUCCAGGGCAAACAAGGCUCUGGGAAUGGGAGGCACCAGGGGAAGGAUCUAUAUUAAACAUGCAGAUCUUUUUAAGUAUGCUGCUGAUGCUCAGGAUAAGCAAUGGCUUGCAGAACGGCAACACAUGAGAGCCACGGGUGGAAAGAUGGCAUAUCUACUAAUCGAAGAAGACAUUCAAGACCUUGCUCUAAGUGAAGAAUACAAAGACUGUCCAGAAUUGAGAUUGGAUGAGUUGAAGCCCUUCAUUGUGCCUACUUGGAUGGUAGAGAAGAUGCAGAAGACCAUGGAAGCUCAGAGAUCUGAGAAGGAUUAAAGAAUUAGGAGCUUAGCACCGUAAACAGUUUUUAAGGGUACAAAUUCUGAUCUACGAUCAACUCGCGGUCCAUAUGGUAUAAAAUACUUUAAAGAAUAAUAAAUAUAUUCCUUGAUAAACGGUUAGGAAACACAGCUCCGGAGACUGACUUACUUUGAUCCACACAAUACCUAAUGGCAUAGCAAUAGCAGACUAUGGGACCAGGCCAUGUUGAGGAAAAGAUGUCUUGGUUAUAUUAUUUUAAUUUCUUUUAAUUUUUUGGUUUCUUAUUACACAAUAGAUCUUGAUCUUACAAUCAAGCUUAACAGUUUUCCCUUUGUGUGAAAAAUUGUGAACAGUUAAGGUUUAACAACUCAGUAUUAUUAGAGAUGAUAUCAAAUAGAAUCUUUUUUUCACCUUAAUCACAAAAGUAGCUUUAAAUGUCCAUAAGUACGUGUACAUAUGUAUUUUCUUACAUAGGUUUUGUAUGAUGUGUCUGCACAUGUAUGCAUUUACGGAUAGUGUCAUUGAGCCCUUUUUUUUUUCUUUAAGUUUGUGUUACCUUGAAAUACCUUCUGAUGGGAUGUGACAGGUUUUACAUGAUGCCAGAGAAUCUGUGGGGAUUUGUUUUUUCUGUAUUUGCGAUUUACAAAAAAAAGGGAAUUUAGGUUACUUUUAGGUAAGGAGACUUUUCUUUAACAGAUGUAGCUUUACUGCAGUAUGGUAAUAAGAAGUGGCACAUUUUUUGACUGAUGUCUGCUGGUUCUAGAGAAAUAAAAUGUGUUUGAUAUGCCUAGCCUUAGUUACAUGUUUUAUAUUGAAAAUUGAGGGGUUUGUGGUGCGAAAUAAAAGUCCUUAUAUUCUG